CUUCCACUACAUAAAACUAGCUCGAUCUGGGCUCUCGUGCGGUGCAUAUCGACGAUGCGCCUCAAAAUCUCCGAAUCUUGCGUGGUCUCCGUUGACAUUCAAUGUAGCAGUGGUCGGAGUGAUGAUAAGAAGACCCCAGUUUGGAUCUUCUACGAGAUACCACUUGGAUGCUUCAAUUCCAUGUUUAAUUUCAGCGGCUCUUGGCAACUUGAUGCAGCAACUGCGAAGUCACUUGCAAUGGUUGGAUGUACCAUCCCAUCCCGUUAUCGGUUAUUCAGUAUCAAACUAGUGAAAGACGAGUUAAGUUUGUGUAAUGAAAUAAAGCGUGCCGUUCCAUAUUCUUGGGAUGAUCCUGCAUCCUUGGCAAGGUUACAGUUGGACGCCAGCCCGUCACCAGACUCAAGCUCAGCCUUGAAAGAGGCAAACAAAAUCAUCUUGCCUCUAACUUGCAGCCUCUGGUUUCGCUUCCGAAGAUUCUUCAGCCCCACUAGGAGACACACAUCACCAUAUAGGUGCACCCAAGUGGCAAGGGCCAGGAGAGCAGGAUAGCCGAUGGUUCAAACCAAUCAAGUGGAAAAACUUCUCCCAUGUCAGCACUGCACCGAUAGAGUACACAGACACGUGCAUUGGUGAUCUCUUGGGGUUCACAUUGUCAUUGGAGCCCAGCUCGGCGUGUGGGAUUUUGGUGCCAAAAGCGUCUUACAUCUGAGACUGCUCUUCUCCAAAGUCCUCGGAUGCACAAUUAAGGCGACCAGUCUGGGAUCAUAGCCCCUCAAAUCUAUCAGGUGCGCAGAAGCCUAAUGGUUCGUCUUUUUCGUUAUCAAACGAGAAUCAAGG